ACCAAAUAAAGUAGCAGAAGCUGCCAAAUGGCUUGUAAAUAAUGGUAAUCUUUAUAAAGAUGAAGGUAUAACUUUCAAUGACACUUGGCUUGAAGAUAAUUCAAAUACUCAAAUGGUAUUUGAUGAUAGUGACAGUGAUCAAACUUCAGAGGGUUCAGAAAAUGUUCUGGACUGUAAUGCAGAAUGCUUGAAUUGUGAUACAGAAUGUAAAACCCAGCAAUCAUCUGCAUGUGAUGAUGAUGAUGAACACUGGAGUGAAGACGAGGCAGAAAUACCUGCUGGAAUCACUGACACUAUGUUAACAUCUCCAGAUUUUGUCACUGAUAAUAAACGUCAGCAUAUUUUAAAUGUUGCACCUGGUGAGGGAAAUAGGCCUAUGAGUAUAUUUAGAGAUAAAUACUCAGAGAAAAUAACAUAUCCGGGUAUAUUUCUAGGACAGAAGCGACCAGACAAUACAAAUAGACUAACCAAAGUCCAUUAUAGUGAAAUUUGUAAAUCUGAAUUAAGGAGGUCUGACCGAAGGGCUGCAAUGUGUGUGGAAAAUAUUUUCUUUGAAACAAAGAAAUUGCAAAUGAAGAUUUUGUUUGAGCAAUUACAAGUUGCACUGAGAAAAUGUCAACGAAAUAGUGACACAAUCGGCACUGCCGGUCAACUAAAACAACUGGAUGUAUUAGAUAACAUGAUUCAUCAUGAUCAAGGAUUUAAAUUUCUUAGAGCU